UAAAACUCCGGCUCUUAUUUCAAGAGAGUCGUUUUCAACGUUUAAAAGAUUUUUCGUAGUCUUAUGCAUUAUUGAACCUGUAUUUCAUUUUAAACCGAACAAACUCACAGCAGCAGCAUGAUGUGUAGAAUCUGGACCGUGUGGCUCCUUGUAAAUGCGAGUGUGGGAGCACAAAGGAGAUCAGUCGAAUUCAUUGACGAAGGCUUACAUAUUGGACCAGGAACACCGCAAGAAGCCAUCGAGCAGUUGCCGGCCAGCUGCCGCUGCCAGCGCCUGCCGUCCAGCGCCUGCUGCCGCCAUCCGGUACUCCGCUCCCAGUGUCAGGAGUUCUGCCUCUCUGGCCAGUGUCCCUUGCCCCGGGAGGACCACCAGCAGUGUCCCUACUGCUCCAGCAGGCUCCAGGCCCGGAGUCCACAGUGGUGUCCGUCCUGCCUGCGUCAGAUCAGAGCACUGGACAUACCCAGAUGUCCCUAUUGCGACCGCCGUCUCCAAACACGGACUAUGAGCGCCUGUCCUCACUGCGGACGGCCGCUGCAGCAAAGGGGGGUAUCGCUCUGCCCCUGCUGCACCUGCCUCUGUCUACCACCGGAUGAUAAAGAAAACACAUCCACCACCGUCAGACCUAAGCGAUACCUGGACAAUUCUCCCCUCGCUGAGGAUCACUCACUACCGAGCGGCUUUAUUCGCUCCCUCAGUCAGCUGGUCAACCCUCAUCCGCAGCCUUUCUGGAGUCCUCUCCGUCGCCGGAAGCGCGCCAUCAUCACUCAGAACGGUUACGCUCUGUUGAUGGAGACCCAUCUUGGUCCGGGAGCGACCUACACACGCGGAAAACGUCAGCUGAUCGGGCCUGCCGGCGCGCCCGUCCGCGCUCCUCAGUUUGACGAUGAAGAUGACCCGUGUAAAAGGAUGUUCUCCUGUCGUAACGGCGGCACGUGCGUUCGGAAGGCGUUCGGAGAGGUUCGUUGUCGCUGUCUUGAAGGAUGGAGCGGACGGUUUUGUACUCAUAGAAACUGAGGCUUGGCUACCCAGCUGCCAACUAAGCGGGACACGUAUACUUACCUGGCGGAAAGCAUGUCUACAAGAUCUUUUUUUGUAAAAUACGCGCACAUGAGGGGUUUUGUGAUGGUGUAUGAUAUUUCUGCAAAGUUUAACUAAUGUGUGCUUGCUGGGCAUUAUGUUUCGCUUUGUGUGUUCGUUCACUAUUCGGAGUCUAUGGCAAUACCAUGUUACAGGCUACA